GCUACGCAGACUCCCUUGACAUUCCAUUUGUUGUAAAAUGGCAGACGAAGCAUUAGCUCGGGCGGGACUUCACUUUGAUGAGCUGAAUAAAAUACGAGUUCUUGAACCUGAAACUCAACAGCAAACGUUAGAGUUAAAAGAAGAAUGUAAAGAUUUUGUUGAUAAAAUUGGCGAUUUUCAGAAGAUUGUUGGGACCUUUAUCGAGGUUGUAGAUAAUGUUUCAAAGGAGGUGGAAAAAGAAAAAAUGAAGGCCAUUGGUUCCAGGAAUUUAUUAAAAUCAAUAGCGAAACAAAGAGAAUCUCAACAGCAACAACUGCAAGCAUUGACGUCAGAAAAGAAAAUGCAACUGGAAAGGUUGCGGAUUCAGUAUGAAGCCCUUUUGAAGGAAGAGAGAGAACAAAAGGAAUUCAUCGAACAAUUUACCUUACAGAAAUAACCCUCACUGUUAUCGUCCUGUCGCCGUCCCCUGUGAAUAAACUGCCUCUAAAUUAUCAUGUACAUUGAUUUCAUUUUGUAUAAAAAAAAAUCUACACAUAUUUUGUAAAUAAAACAAAUUGAUAUCAUA